AUGACUUCCCGAUCACGCUCUUCGCGGUCCUCGCGAUCGCGAACCAGCCAGCGAAAACACCAACGAAAACACCACGACCUGGAGAAGAACGACCCCGAGCACACUUGGCGAUGCAACCAGUAUCUUCUUGUGCGCCGUUUGCAGUCUGAAGUGGAAGAGCGCUACAAGAUGGUCAGGUAUACUGAGGCAGACCUUGUUGCUCUAGGCUGCAAACUCGGUGCACCCCUCGAUGUCGAUGACCCCAAGCCGCUCGACUUUGAUUCCAGAUUUUUUGUUCCCUCUACCCGUCAACAGGCUAGAAAGGCGCUUCGAAGCUAUGCGAAGGGACGCUGGACAUCUCGCCAGCCUCUGAAAAUCCCACACAGAGCAACAUUUCAUGGGCCGGAUGCGAAGAAGAAGUUUGAGAGCAAGAUUUUGAGCUUUUACGCCGCUCGUUCCACCGAAGCGGAUGGCAACUUGCACUACUUUACGCAGGCAGCAAUGAUGUCCGAGCCCAAGGGCUGGUCUUGGGAUUAUAAUUCGCAACCUUGCAGGAAAGGAAACCCGGUAUACAUGCAGAAAGCUUGGUUCAACAGCUCUGGAGAACCUGUUUCUCAUGAAUGUGGAUGGGAAAAGUGGACGUACUCUGAAGAUGACUACAGCAAUCCUGUCUCAACCAUUCCACAUGCUCUUGGCGCUAUUUACGACAAUAUGCCAGCCAAGGAACAACAAGUCCAAAAGAGCGAACUCUACUUGCUUCUGAUGCUCAUCAGAGGUCAAUUAAAGAAUGCAAGAACCUGGCCUCGGCAUCGAAUCAUCCCGGCACUUGCAGUCAGCUUCCAUUCACGCUUUACCGCCCGGAUCGUUCAGGCCCAUCUCGAACAUGGCCAGGUUGUGUUACGCCUUUCACGACUUUUGAAUCUACAUACUGCCAAGCUCCCAGUCGAUGGGAAAAUCAUCAUAAAAUGGCUGGGAAGUCGGCCGAUGGGCGAGACGAGAGCGGCACUGCCUCCUAGUAUUCAGUAUGACGACAGAGACGAGGAAACUGUAGAGGACAAGGUCAAUCCGGCACAAAGCAUAGCUGUUGUAGGUUGA